AUGUACACACCUCACCCUGUUGCAAAGUGGACAGUGCCAGAAUACUUCAGCAGAGAGUGUUGCUCUUCUGAUAGUUUCUACCUUGGCCAGGUGAUUGAAGCUUCGGAUGUCUUGCUGGAGGUGUUGGAUGCCAGAGAUCCUCUUGGUUGUAGGUGCCCCCAAGUAGAAGAGGCCAUUGUCCAGGGUGGACAAAAGAAACUGGUGCUUGUAUUAAAUAAAUCAGAUUUGGUGCCGAAGGAGAAUUUAGAAAACUGGCUUAAUUAUUUGAAGAAGGAAUUGCCAACAGUAGUGUUCAAAGCCUCCACAAAACUGAAGGACAAAGGGAAGAUGACCAAGGUAAGGAAGAAACGUGCUCCAUUCAAAAGUGAAGUCUGUGUUGGGAAAGAAGGCCUUUGGAAGCUUCUUGGAAGUUUUCAAGAGACUUACAGUAAAGCCAUUCAGGUUGGAGUAAUUGGUUUCCCAAAUGUGGGGAAAAGCAGCAUCAUCAACAGCUUAAAACAGGAACAGAUAUGUAACGUUGGUGUGUCCAUGGGACUUACAAGGAGUAUGCAGGUUGUCCCCCUGGACAAACAAAUCACAGUCCUAGAUAGCCCAAGUUUCAUCGUGUCUCCGGCUAACUCCGCCACUGCACUGGCUCUGAGAAGUCCAGCUAGUAUUGAAGCAGUAAAAGCAGUGGAGGCUGCGAGUGCCAUCCUGUCCCAGGCUGACACUCGACAGGUAGUACUGAGAUUUACUAUUCCAGACUUUAAGAAUUCUCUGGAGUUUUUUACUUCACUUGCUCAGAGAAGAGGACUGCAGCGAAAAGGUGGAGGCCCAAAUGUAGAAGGUGCUGCCAAGCUGCUGUGGUCUGAGUGGACAGGUGCCUCCUUGGGUUACUAUUGCCAUCCGCCUACAUCCUGGGCUCCUCCUCCACAUUUCACUGAGGGCAUCAUAACGGACAUGAACCGGGGCUUUAAUCUGGAGGAGCUGGAGAAGAACAAUACACGCAGCAUACAGGCCAUCAGGGGACCCCGUUUGGCCAGUAGCAUCCUUUUCCAGUCUUCAGGUCUGACAAAUGGAAUAAUAGAGGAAACAGACAUAGCCGAGGAGCUGCCAGAAGAGAGGAAGCGUGAGCAGCAGGACUGCAAGGACACUGGCCGCGGCGGGGAGAGCAGUGCUGAAGGAGCUGCUGAAAAGAGCUCAGAUGAGUCCCUGGCAGAAGAGGCCUGGGAGGCACUGCCUGGGGAGUCUCAAGCAGUUGAACAGCAUGCACAAUCUCAUGUUUUGGAUGCAAUGGCUGAAGAGGAAGAUGAUGCCUACGACUUCAGUGCAGACUAUAUAUGAAAGAACCUUGUCAUCUUACAAGGGUUUUUGGGUUUGUUUUGACAUUUUGAGCAGACUGUUAUGUGUGUGAUGUACCAGUUUGUUACGUUAUGACGUAAGCUGUGUAAAUUCUGUGAAUGUGUACCAUGAUAUAUUCAUUUCUAAAAAUCAGGCAAUUUCUGAACUCCAUAAAAAGAUAGUUCAUCUCA